ACCCUUUCAAAAUCCCAAUCUAGCUAACAUUUUUACAAUGGGCACACUUUUCUCUUCUUCUUUGGCACUUUUCUUCACUAUCUUGCUGCAUAAUCAUCCAGGAGGCGAAGCUGGCGUGGGUGUCAACUACGGCGUCGUUGCAAACAACCUUCCACCGCCUCCCGUGGCCCUAUCGCGCCUUCGACAAAUCGGAAUCACCAAAAUUAGGAUUUUCGACCCCGAAAACACCAUCCUCACCGCCUUACACGGCUCGGACAUCUCAGUAAUCAUCGGAACCAAAAACAAAGACCUUCUACCCCUCGCCACCGACAAAUCCGCCGCCUCCGCCUGGGUGGCGGCCAACAUCCUCCCCCACCACCCUUCCGUCAAAUUCACCUGCAUCACCGCCGGCAACGACGAGGUCCCCGCCGGCCUUUCGCGGUACACCCCCGCCGCGAUGGAGAAUCUCGCCGCCGCCGUCGCCGCCGCCAAUCUAUCCAUCCCAGUUUCCACCGUGAUCUCGAUGCGGACCCUCUCCGCUUCCUUCCCCCCCUCCGCCGGCGAUUUCUCCGCCGCCGCGAAGCCGAUCAUGACUCAGAUCGUGAAAUUCCUGCAGUCGGAGAAGUACCCUCUGCAUCUGCAGGUGUUCCCUUACUUCGCACGUGCGAAUUAUCCGGUCGAAUUGGAUCUCGACUACGCGCUUUUCCGGCCGGGAAAGACCGCGGUUCGCGACGGCGGGAGGACUUACCUCAACCUCUUCGAUUUGAUGACUGAUGCGGCGCACGCGGCGUUGGAGAAGAUCGGGGCCGGGGAAUUGGAGAUUGUCGCGGCGGAGUCCGGGUGGCCGAGCGGCGGAGGGAAUGAUGCCACGGUGGAAAAUGCUCAAACGUACGUGAAUAAUUUGAUUGGACACGUGGCGUCUGGUAAGGGGACGCCGCGAAGGCCGGGGAAGCAGGUGGAGGCCUACAUAUUCGCGUUGUUUAACGAGAAUAUGAAGCCGGAGGGUAUAGAGCAACAUUGGGGUAUGUUUUACCCCAAUCUUACUCAUGUUUAUCACCUUAAUAAGAUUGUUUGAUAUUAAGAAAUAUUUCUUGAUUUACUUGUUUGAACUUCACCUUAAUAAGAUUGUUUGAUAUUAAGAAAUA